CAGAGCCACAGAGAGGUAGGUGCGCGCUCGUCUCCGCCCCUCGUCGCUUCCGGUGAAUCCGGUCCUUCCCCCCGCCGCGGCAUUUCCUUCCGGAUUUCGCUCCGGCCCAACCGCCCGCCCGGGGCCUCGCCCGCGCCUGGCGGUUAAUAGAGGAUUGCCACUUUCAACUCAUUGGUGCAUCUAUUUGUGAUGGCUGCUGCUUUCAAAACAAGCGGCGGUUUUUGUAGCACAAAACAGCAUCAGUGGCAGCUGUCAACUAGGGAUCAGAUUUUACAUGGUUCUUCUCACUCAAAUGUCAAACAAUGCAAAAGCAAGAAGAUAAAAAAGCCUUUCCCACUCUGUGUUAAAGCUACUUCCUCGAAAGUGGAAUUGGAUUUUAAUGAUCCAUCUUGGAAGCAGGAAUUUCAGGAAGACUGGGAAGAUCGGUUUAAUUUGCCAAGUAUUACUGAUAUAUAUGAUUUGAAACCAAGACCAACAACAUUCUCACUCAAGAAAAACAGAACUCCUACAGGUGAUGAAAAUGUGGAUAUGUGGAAUGGCUAUGUUAACAAUGCUGAUCGGGCACUUUUGAAGGUUAUAAAGUAUUCUUCACCUACUUCUGCUGGAGCAGAGUGCAUUGAUCCUGACUGUAGCUGGGUGGAACAAUGGGUUCAUCGAGCAGGACCACGCAAGGAGAUAUACUUUGAACCAGAGGAAGUAAAAGCUGCCAUAGUUACCUGUGGAGGGCUCUGCCCUGGUUUGAAUGAUGUCAUCAGACAGAUAGUAUUCACCCUAGAGACCUACGGUGUUAAGAAUAUUGUCGGAAUUCCGUUUGGUUAUCGUGGUUUUUUCGAAAAGGGCCUAAAAGAAAUGCCGCUUUCACGUUGUCUAGUGGAGAAUAUAAAUCUUAAUGGUGGAAGUUUUCUUGGAGUUUCUCGUGGUGGAGCUAAAACUAGCGAGAUUGUUGAUAGUAUACAGGCCAGGAGAAUUGACAUGCUUUUUGUACUUGGUGGAAACGGUACCCACGCAGGGGCAAAUGCUAUCCAUGAAGAGUGCCGUAAGAGAAAGCUGAAGGUUUCAGUUGUAGCAGUUCCAAAGACCAUCGAUAACGAUAUACUUUUGAUGGACAAGACAUUUGGUUUUGAUACAGCUGUGGAAGAAGCCCAACGAGCCAUUAAUUCUGCCUAUAUAGAGGCCCGUAGUGCAUACCAUGGUAUUGGUUUGGUCAAAUUAAUGGGGAGAAGCAGUGGGUUUAUUGCAAUGCAUGCUUCCCUUUCAAGUGGGCAGGUCAAUGUUUGUUUAAUACCAGAGGUCCCAUUCACUCUAGAUGGAGAAUUUGGUGUUUUGCGGCACCUCGAGCAUUUGUUAAAGACAAAGGGAUUCUGUGUGGUUUGUGUUGCAGAAGCUGCAGGACAAGAUCUGCUGCAAAAAUCAGGUGCAACUGAUGCCUCAGGAAAUGUGAUAUUUAGUGACAUUGGUGUUCACAUGCAACAGAAGAUUAAGAUGCAUUUCAAGGAUAUCGGUGUUCCAGCUGAUGUGAAAUACAUUGACCCAACUUACAUGGUACGGGCAUGCCGUGCCAAUGCAUCUGAUGCAAUCUUGUGCACUGUGCUUGGACAAAACGCUGUCCAUGGAGCAUUUGCGGGUUUCAGCGGCAUCACUUCUUGCAUCUGCAACACCCACUACGUCUACCUUCCCAUCACGGAGGUCAUCAAGGCGCCGAAGCGCGUGAACCCCAACAGCAGGAUGUGGCAUCGGUGCCUCACGUCCACCGGUCAACCCGACUUCCACUGACCUGCCGUCGGCAUUGUGUGACCAAAGCUGAUGAAGUUCCCCCAUUAGAUGAUUCAUCAUUCUUUUUGCCAAUGAGCCCCACGCACAUCACGAGGUUCCAAGAUGACAGCCAAUAAUUCCAUACUGAGAUUAAACUUGGAUGGUUUGUUUGCAAGGUUGUGCGCUUCCAUUGUUCUAAAAAGCUGGAUGUAAGCAGAUUUGCCUUAAGUAAUAAGCGAGUCUGAGGCCACACUUCUUUCUUCGUCUGUGGUUCAGAAAAUUUUCACAUGUAAACAGUAUACAUAGUUCCUCCCUUAUGGUUUUUGUAAA